UGGUGGUUGGGAGAGGGUCGGGCUUGAGCCCGAGCGCUUGGUCGAACCGCCGGCACGCGCCUCACGCAGGCGCAGUACGGCCAGCGUCGCGCGCAGAGAAGUGGAUUAGCCGUUAGUGAAUCCACGGGAGGUGUGGCCCGCACUAGGGGCGCGGCGGCGCGGCAAGAUCCCCUGUGUGGGCGGAAUCGGGGCGGUCUGUGGAGAGACCGGCCCAAUGUAAAAGAGGGGAUCACGCACCUGCGGUUGUCAGGAAUUUGGAGGCUCCAGGACCGCGUCAGGGGUGAAGUCUCCCCAGCCAUGACCUCCACCGGUCAGGAUUCCACUACACCCAAGGAGCGAAGGAGUAGGCACAAUCCCCACUCCCCCACCCACGACUCCAGCAUCACCUCGAAGCGAGGUGUUAAAAAGGGUGCCAUACUCCGCUCCAGCCCCAAUCUAGCGGAGGUAAAGAAGAAAGGCAGAAUGAAGAAGCUUAGCCAAACAGCCGAGCAAGACCUAAUCAUGGGGCUGCAAGGGCUGGAUCUGAACUUGGAGGCCAGGGCACUGUCUGGCACUGGCUUGGUGUUCGAUGAACAGCUAAAUGAAUUCCACUGCCUCUGGGAUGACAGCUUCCCGGAAGGCCCAGAGCGGCUCUAUGCCAUCAAGGAGCAACUGAUCCAGGAGGGCCUCCUGGACCGCUGCGUGUCCUUUCAGGCCCGAUUCGCCGAAAAGGAGGAGCUGAUGUUGGUUCACAGCCUAGAAUACAUUGAUCUGAUGGAAACGACCCAGUACAUGAACGAGGGGGAACUCCACGUCCUAGCAGAUACCUAUGACUCAGUUUAUCUGCAUCCGAACUCAUACACCUGUGCCUGCCUAGCCUCAGGCUCUGUCCUCAGGCUGGUGGAUGCAGUCCUGGGGGCUGAGAUCCGGAAUGGCAUGGCCAUCGUCAGGCCUCCUGGACACCACGCCCAGCACAGUCUCAUGGAUGGGUAUUGCAUGUUCAACCACGUGGCCGUGGCUGCCCGUUACGCCCAACAGAAGCAUGAUAUUCAGAGGGUCCUUAUCGUGGAUUGGGAUGUGCACCAUGGUCAGGGAAUACAGUUCGCCUUUGACCAAGAUCCUAGUGUCCUCUAUUUCUCCAUCCACCGCUAUGAGCAGGGUCGGUUCUGGCCCCAUCUUAAGGCCUCUAAUUGGUCCACCACAGGUUUAGGCCAAGGCCAGGGAUACACCAUCAACGUGCCUUGGAACCAGGUGGGGAUGCAAGAUGCUGACUACAUCGCCGCUUUCCUUCACGUCCUCCUGCCAGUCGCAUUUGAGUUCCAGCCCCAGCUGGUCCUGGUAGCUGCUGGAUUUGAUGCCCUCCAAGGGGACCCCAAGGGUGAGAUGGCCGCCACUCCAGCAGGGUUCGCCCAGCUCACCCAUCUGCUCAUGGGUCUUGCAGAAGGCAAGCUGAUCCUCUCACUGGAGGGUGGCUAUAAUCUCCGCUCUCUGGCUGAAGGUGUCAGCGCCUCCCUCCACACCCUUCUGGGUGACCCUUGUCCCACACUGGAGUGUCCUGGUGCCCCCUGCCCGAGUGCCCAGGUGUCACUCUCCUGUGCUCUAGAAGCCCUUGAACCCUUCUGGGAGAGCCUUGUGAGAUCAGUUGAGACCCUGGAGGAAAAGGACACUAUGGAGAAGGAUGAUGUGGAAGAGAAGGAGGAAGAGGGACUGCCACAGUCCCCUGAGCUCUCCAUUCCAAUAUGGCCGGUGCUGCAGGCUCGCACGGGGUUGGUCUAUGACCAGCGGAUGAUGGACCACUACAACUUGUGGGAUAACUACCAUCCUGAGAUGCCCCAGCGCAUCCACUGUAUCAUGCAUCACCUGGAUGAACUGGGCCUUGCCAAGCGCUGCCAUGCCCUGCCUGCAAGACCCGCUACAGAUGCUGAGCUGCUUACCUGCCACAGUGCUGAGCACUUGGAACGUCUGCGGGCCACGGAGAAGAUGAAGACCCGGGAGCUGCGCCGUGAGGGUGCCAACUAUGACUCCAUCUACAUCUGCUCCAGCACUUUUUCCUGCGCACAGCUGGCUGCAGGCGCCGUCUGUCGCCUGGUGGAGGCAGUACUGGCCGGAGAGGUUUUGAAUGGCAUUGCUGUAGUGCGACCUCCUGGCCACCAUGCAGAACCGGAUGCAGCUUGUGGUUUCUGUUUUUUUAAUUCUGUGGCUGUGGCUGCUCGCCAUGCCCAGGCCAUCAGUGGGCAUGCGCUGCGGAUCCUGAUCGUGGACUGGGACAUCCAUCAUGGUAAUGGAACUCAGCACAUAUUUGAGGAGGACCCCAGUGUGCUAUACAUUUCCCUGCACCGCUAUGAUCAUGGUACCUUCUUUCCCGUGGGGAAUGAGGGUGCCAGUACCCGGGUAGGAAAAGCUGUGGGCACAGGAUUCACUGUCAAUGUGGCCUGGAAUGGGCCCCGCAUGGGUGAUGCUGACUACCUGGCUGCCUGGCAUCGUCUGGUGCUUCCCAUUGCUUAUGAGUUUAAUCCAGAACUGGUGCUGGUCUCAGCUGGCUUCGACGCUGCCCGGGGGGAUCCUCUGGGCGGCUGCCAGGUGUCGCCUGAGGGCUAUGCCCACCUCACCCACCUGCUGAUGGGCUUGGCCAAUGGCCAUAUCAUCCUAAUCCUAGAGGGUGGUUAUAACCUGACGUCCAUCUCAGAGUCCAUGGCUGCCUGCACUCGCUCCCUCCUUGGGGAUCCACUGCCCCUGCUGACCCGGCUGCGGCCCCCACUAUCAGGAGCCCAGGCGUCUAUUACUGAAACCAUCCAAGUCCAUCGAAGAUACUGGCGCAGUUUGCGGGUCAUGAAGCGCAAAAACAAAGAGGGACUCUCCAGUUCUAAGUUGAUCACCAAGAAGCCAUCCCAACCAGCCAGUUCUGGGUCAGCCUGUAUGACAACCACAGUGGAAGGGAACAUCCUGGAGGCAGGCAUGGGACAGGCCGCCUCAGAAGCAUCUGUGAAAGAGUCCACUCCAGAUCAGACCGAGUCAGAGACAGCUCCAGUAGAACUUACUCAGGGCCAGUCUUCAGACACAGCCACACAAGGAGCUGCACUGGACCAGACCAUCUCAGAGGGGGCCACGGGGGGAGCUGAGCUGAUCCAAAAUCCUCCAGCCUCAUGCAUUGAAAACAGGAUUCCUCCAGCCUUACCUGUGCAAGGAGCCACAGUCCAGACAUCCCCUAGUAAGCUGACGGGGAAUCUCAGAGUAUUGGACCUAGAUAGCACGACUCAGGAGCCCCCAGAAGAAGAAGGACUCCUAGGAGAGGCAGCUGGAGGUCAAGACAUGAAUGAGUCAGUGCCAGUGCAGGUCUUUGGAGAUCAUGCUGACACUGACCAGGUCAUGUUUUAUGCAGUGAGACCACUGCUUUGGUGUCCCCAUUUGGCAGCAGUAUGCCCCAUACCUGAGACAGGGCUGAACGUGACCCAACCUUGUCAGGACUGUGGAACACUCCAGGAGAACUGGGUGUGUCUGUCUUGCUAUCAGGUCUACUGCGGUCGUUACAUCAGUGCUCAUAUGCUCCAACACCAUGAAGGCUCAGGACACCCACUAGUACUCAGCUAUGCCGACCUGUCUGCCUGGUGUUACCACUGUCAGGCCUAUGUCCACCACAAGGAUCUCCUAGCGGUGAAGAACAUCGCCCACCAGAACAAGUUUGGGGAAGACAUACCCCACUCAGACUAAAUCCCAGGAUGUGCUCCUUUACCUUCAGAGUCCCAAGAUAGACCAGCCUUAGUUCAUCCCAUCCUGAAGACCCUUUCCAACUCCCCCAGGGUGCUGAUUUAAGUGUACGUACUCGUAUGAAGACUGUGGUCAUCGAUUGUAUAUCUCUCCCUGCCCACUGCCUGCUCAAGGGACUCUAUCUACUCUGCCGCAAAAGGAAAGGGGAGCACAGCUCAGUGACCCCAAAGGGGCCUGAUAUAAACCUACUUUGAAGGGCAAGAGAAUCAACUGUAGUGUGGCAGGGUUGCAUAUGCAAUAAAGUACAAACUGUUACAACA